AUGCUGCCCUCGUUACUGGUCCUUAGUAUCGCACCUCUUUUCUGCAGAGCUGACGUCAUAGAAGUUGACCCGCGACGAGACCUUACCCUCGCGAAAAGAAUGUCUGGCACGCAACCUCUAAGAAUACUCAUCACCGGCGGAGCACGUGGUAUCGGACGCGGACUCUUUCGACACUUUUUGGGCGCCGGACACUCCGUUUACAUACUCGAUGCCAACUCAAUCGAGCUCGAGCACGUCAAAAAGUCAGCGGAUAAAUGGAAGUCAGCCUCAUCCCAAGCCAUAUGGAAAGCUUCUCUCUGCGAUCUGCGAGAUCGAGAAUACAUCAAAUCCAUUGUUGAUGACGUGAAAGACGUGUUCGACGGAAAACUCGAUGUUCUCAUCAACAACGCUAUGGCAACCGAAGGGGUUGGAGCGGGCAAGCCCAUGGAGGACGAUGGCGACGAGACCAUGGAAGACUGGGACACGAAGAUUGCCGUUGGCCUGACUGCGCCAUACGUGCUCAGUCGUCUAUGUGUACCUCUUUUGAAGGCCGGAUCAAGCGCGCCAGGCUCCCCAGGUACCAUCAUCAACAUCUCGUCGACGCGUGCCCACCAGGCUGAAGAUAAUCAUGAGGCAUAUUCGGCUGCCAAAGCUGGUAUUCUUGGAUUGACACAGUCGAUGAGCGUAUCUUUAGGCCACAGACACAAGAUUCGCGUGAAUGCAAUCUUGCCAGGGUGGAUCCACGUGAUGAACGAACGAGCGGAGGCUGACGUGUCUGGUGCAGCAUGGGAAGAGGGCCUGACUAAGGAGGAUGCUGAAUGGCAUCCGGCUGGAAGGGUGGGAAAGGUGGACGAUGUUGCUAAGGCUGCUGAGUAUCUGAUUGGGACAGGCUUCGUUACGGGACAAGAAGUGGUGAUAGAUGGAGGCGUCGGACGGAAGAUGGUGUAUCCUGAGGAAUAA